GGUCAGAGUAGGGGCCCGCUGGUGUGUGGAGGAGGAAGAGAAGGCUGUCAGCUGUCAGUGGGCAGUUCCAGGCUCGCCUUCCGGACAGGUUCUGAGUAGCGGACCUCGGCCGUCUUGGCUCGCCAGCGGAGGCCCGUCUCUGAGCUCCCGGUGCCCCAGCAGCGACCUGUAUUGUGGAAGCCCCUGAAAUGCAGAGCUGGGUGCAUUAAGCCGGAGCAUCAGAACCAGCCGCAGCAGGAGCCACAGCGUUGGGACCCGAGUGGGCGCUCCUUCACCUUGCCUCUGUGCCCGCCUGCGCCCCCAGACCCGGAGAUCAUCUUGAAGGAUUCAGGACUCCACAAAUGUUUCCCUUGAAGGAUGCUGAAAUGGGGGCCUUUACCUUCUUUGCCUCAGCUCUGCCGCAUGAUGUUUGUGGAAGCAAUGGCCUUCCUCUCACCCCAAAUUCCAUCAAAAUUUUAGGGCGCUUUCAAAUACUAAAGACAAUAACCCAUCCCAGACUCUGCCAGUACGUGGAUAUAUCUAGGGGAAAGCAUGAAAGACUAGUGGUGGUGGCUGAACACUGUGAGCGGAGCCUGGAAGAUUUGCUUCGAGAAAGGAAACCUGUGAGCUAUUCAAAGGUCUUAAGCAUAGCAUUUGAAGUCCUUCAGGGUUUGCAGUAUAUGAAUAAACAUGGCAUAGUACACCGGGCACUAUCUCCUCACAAUAUCCUGUUGGAUGGAAAGGGGCAUAUUAAAUUGGCGAAAUUUGGACUUUAUCACAUGACAGCUUAUGGUGAUGAUGUUGAUUUCCCAAUAGGGUAUCCAUCAUACUUGGCACCUGAGGUAAUUGCACAAGGAAUUUUCAAAACCACUGAUCAUGUGCCAAAUGAAAAACCAUUGCCUUCUGGCCCCAAAUCAGAUGUUUGGUCUCUUGGGAUCAUUUUAUUUGAGCUUUGUAUGGGAAGAAAAUUAUUUCAGAGCUUGGAUAUUUCUGAACGUCUGAAAUUUUUGCUUACUUUGGACUGUGUGGAUGACACUGUAACGGUGCUGGCUGAAGAGCACGGUUGUCUGGACAUUAAAAAGGAGCUUCCUGAAAAUAUGAUAGAUCUCUUAAAGAAAUGCCUGACCUUCCAUCCCUCUAAGAGGCCAACCCCAGAAGAAUUAAUGAAGGACAGCGUGUUCAGUGAAGUGUCACCUUUAUACACCCCCUUCACCAAACCUGCCAGUCUGUUUUCGUCUUCUCUGAGAUGUGCUGAUUUAACUCUACCUGAGGAUAUCAGUCAGUGGUGUAAAGAUAUAGACAGUGAUUACCUGGCAGAAAGAUCCAUUGAGGAAGUUUAUUACCUUUGGUGUUUAGCUGGCGGUGACUUGGAGAAAGAGCUUGUUAAUAAGGAAAUCAUCCGAUCCAAACCCCCUAUCUGCACCCUCCCCAAUUUUGUUUUUGAAGAUGGUGAAAGCUUCGGACAAGGCCGAGAUAGAAGCUCACUUUUAGAUGAUACCACAGUGACAUUGUCAUUAUGCCAGCUGAGAAAUAGAUUAAAAGAUGUUGGUGGAGAAGCAUUUUAUCCAUUACUAGAAGAUGACCAGUCUAAUUUGCCUCACUCAAACAGCAGUAAUGAGUUGUCCGCAGCAGCCACGCUCCCUUUGAUCAUCAGAGAGAGAGAUACUGAGUAUCAGCUCAACAGAAUCGCGCUCUUCGAUAGGCUGAUCCAGGCUUAUCCAUAUAAAAAAAAUCAAAUCUGGAAAGAAGCAAGAGUUGACAUUCCACCUCUUGUGAGAGGUUUGACCUGGGCUGCUCUUCUGGGGGUUGAGGGAGCUAUUCAUGAUAAGUAUGAUGCAGUUGAUAAGGACACUCCAAUUCCCACAGAUAGACAAAUUGAAGUGGAUAUCCCUCGCUGUCAUCAGUACGAUGAACUUUUAUCUUCACCUGAAGGUCAUGCCAAAUUCAGGCGUGUAUUGAAGGCUUGGGUAGUGUCUCAUCCUGAUCUUGUGUAUUGGCAAGGUCUUGACUCACUUUGUGCUCCAUUCCUGUACCUAAAUUUCAAUAAUGAAGCCCUGGCUUAUGCGUGUAUGUCUGCUUUUAUUCCCAAAUACCUGUAUAACUUCUUCUUGAAAGACAACUCACAUGUAAUACAAGAGUAUCUGACCGUGUUCUCCCAGAUGAUUGCGUUCCACGACCCCGAGCUGAGCAACCAUCUCAACGAGAUCGGCUUCAUUCCGGAUCUGUAUGCCAUCCCUUGGUUUCUCACCAUGUUUACUCAUGUAUUCCCAUUGCAUAAAAUAUUCCACCUCUGGGACACCUUACUACUUGGGAAUUCCUCUUUCCCAUUCUGUAUCGGAGUGGCAAUUCUCCAGCAGCUACGGGACCGGCUUUUGGCUAACGGCUUUAAUGAGUGCAUUCUUCUCUUCUCUGACUUACCAGAAAUUGACAUUGAACGCUGUGUACGAGAAUCCAUCAACCUCUUUUGUUGGACCCCUAAGAGUGCUACCUACAGACAGCAUGCCCAGCCUCCAAAGCCACCUUCUGAUGGCAGCAGCCUGAGAAGCUCCACACCUUACUUCUCUGCAGAGUCCCCUGAGCCUCCGAAGACAGACCUGUCAAGAGAAUCCAUCCCAUUAAAUGACUUGAAGUCAGAAGUGUCACCUCGGAUUUCAGCAGAGGACCUGAUUGACUUAUGUGAGCUGACAGUGACAGGCCAUUUCAAAACACCCACCAAGAAGACAAAGUCCAGUAAACCAAAGCUGCUGGUGGUUGACAUCCGGAGCGGUGAAGACUUUACCCGGGGCCACAUUUCUGGCAGCAUCAACAUCCCAUUCAGCACAGCCUUCACUGCGGAAGGUGAGCUCGCCCAGGGCCCUUCCACCACGAUGCUCCAGAGCCUCAAGGGGAAGGUCAUCGUCGUCGUGGGAAGCGUGGUGAAGCACAUGGCCGAGUUCGCAGCUCAUCUUGUGAAGAUGAAAUACCCUCGGGUCUGCAUUCUGGACGGGGGUAUCAACAAGAUCAAGCCGACUGGUCUCCUCACCGUGCCGUCCCCGCAGAUAUGAAACACCGGGAGCCGGGUGCUCCGACACACAGCUGCGCCUCCCUGCGGUCACAGCCCACCAGACUGCCCAGGCAUUUCCAUCAGUCUCACGGCCCAAAUGCACAGCACCAGGCAAGGAACGUGACUGUACGUGUGUUGCCUAAAGAUCGUUCUUAACCAUAAAACCUUAUCAUGCAUUUUCACCACGCUGCCACACGAAGCCGGAGGGAUUUGGCUGACAGGCAGACAGCACUACCAAGAGCUCCCACUGGCACUGCAGAUCAGCCCUUUGCUGCACAAGAAAGACGGCCCUAACCAAGGGUCACAGGAGGGCCAGAUGUGCGCUAGAAGGGCUUCCAACAAAAACAAACUGACCUAUAUCCCCUUAAGUAAGGGCUGCAUUUGGUAAGCACACAUGUGUAUGUACGUAUGUGUAUGUGUGUCCACAUGUGUGUGUUCAGCCCACUGCAGAAAGUUCACUCCCAGGAAAGUGAAUUUCAGAAAUGAUAUUUGGUAGGGUACGUUCACCUCCUGUCAGAGAAAUCCAGUGCCGCAAAGAUCACGUCAGUGUGUGCGCCAGAGGGCUGGACCAUCAUUCGCAGCCGGGUGCCCUCCUCCCUCAUCACCGGAUCGUCUCCUGGGUGAAGAUGACUACUGUCACAUCUGCAGUCCAGGAGGAAGGGCAUGGGGCAUGGAGGGAGGGAAAGAAAAAGUGGGGAAGACUAAGAAGGAAGGAAGAAGAGAGGCGUGUUCCUCCCUUACAGGCACAGAGCAGAGACAGUGCGCAUCUCUUCUGCUCACACAGCAUGGCCAGAACGCAGGCACUGCCACACCUAGCUGCGGGGAGCGGUGAGUCUCCGGCUGACGGCCAGCCCCAGCUCAAGGAAACUUGGGG